AUGCAGGACCCUCAAGCAGGGAAUAAGAUUUCCCUCCUAGAAGCUGCCGCAACCGCUCUCAGCCAAAGGGAGGACAUGCCCUCUAUGCGGAUAUCAGCACCAGUCAGGAGUGUCGCAGCGAGUGCAAUACCAGUAAGGACAUCUCCUCAUGCAAGCCGAGCGGGAAGCAAGAACAGAGCUCGCGCACCGUCAGAUGCAAGAAGACCAAGCGGAAGCCAAUUGAUGCAUUCUGUGGGCCUGGCCGAAUACCUCCAGCUAGACGAGCGACCUACCUUGGUCGUGGACAUCGCCGACGAGGUCAACACAACCUCGGUUGGCCUCAGCCUGGUGUUCGCAAAUACAGCACUGAAGACUCGCGCUCCCCUUCUAGAACAUGUGCAGGGACGCGCGGAGGAUCCGAGUGUACUACUUGAACUGGGGACGUCUUUUUCGGAUUUUAAGGCGUGGGCUCUCAACGCUCUCACAGAAUCAGAUAUUGUCUCGACCUUCCCUUUUGCAGGAUGGCUAUGGCAUGGCGCCCUGGUAAGAAAACGAUUGAAGGUCAUCCAUGGACGCCAGCACCCUUUCUCGCCAGCGCCGAUGGCAGAGGGCAAUACCCGAUCCGGCAUGCAACAUUUUCAAGGUCUCGGGCCUGCGUCCGGUUCCACCACCCACAGCGGCGACCGAGUCGACACCGCCUCGCAAAGCUACUUCGACAUUGCCCCACGCACGAACAGCGACGCCCCUCGAGCUCUGCAUAGCUUGGUCACUGACCCUUUACCAGAUGCUUCGCCCACUUCACUAGACCCAAUGUCGCCGGUACCGAGUGGAGACAUGAAAUAUGUAGAGCUACUGUCGGGAUCUAUCCCACCAAGCAGCGGUCAGAUGAUCGGUCAGCCCAGCGCAAAGAAUGAUACAGACCCGGACAUAAUGGUUGUCGAUGAUAAAGCCUACUUCGAUUGGACACGUUUGCCCGUGUCACCGUCUCUCCCAGCGCACGUUCAGUUUGCCAGAGGGGUCGAUUGGACCAACACCAGUCUGGGUCCAAUUCAAGACUGGUCUGUCGAGCUUCGGGGCAUGUGCAACCUUAUCAUGGCGAGUCCGCAUCCCUCAGCAAUGUACUGGGGCAAAGAUCACAUUGCUAUUUACAAUGAAGCCUACGUUCUGCUAGCGGGACAGAAACAUCCGGCAUUGAUGGGUGCUCGUUAUCGGGACGCUUGGUCAGAGAUCUGGGGCGCCUUGGAAGAGGUCUUCGAUAAUGCCUUCAAGAACGCACAAGCGACAAUGAAGGACGACGACUGCCUGUUCAUUCUGCGAAACGGGUUUCUGGAGGAGACAUAUUUCUCUUGGUCAAUUAUCCCCUUGAUUGGCGCUGACGGCGGAGUGGUUGGUCUGUACAACCCAGCUUUCGAGAAGACGCGGCGCAAAAUUGCCGAGCGACGGAUGUUGACGCUCCGUGAGAUCGGCGAACGAACAGCCGCGGCUCGACAAGUGUCGCAAUUCUGGGGUCUGCUCCUUCAGGGCCUUGAGUACAACGACUAUGACGCUCCCAUGGUCAUGGUCUAUUCCCUCAACGAAGACUUGGCAGAUAGCGAUGCUGCCUCGUCCGGCUCCAGUGGUGCUGCCUCUAACAAAGUCUGUUAUUUGGAAGGUACUUUGGGCGUUUCUUCCGGCCACAUAGCGGCCCCUCCCGUUAUAGAUAUGAAGACAGGCACGAAAGGGUUCGCCAAUUCCUUUCGACAAGCGUUGACCACUGACAGACCGAUCGUCCUCCGAGUUGACGACGGCACGUUGGAUCCCCACAUGUUAGAAAACAUUGAAUGGCGCGGGUUUGGGGACCCUUCGCGAGUCGUGGUUAUAGCUCCAAUUCAUCCUACAACAGGCGAAUCUACGCUGGGCUUUCUGGUGAUGGCUACUAACCCGAGGCGACCGUACGAUGAAGACUACGAUUUGUUCGUCCAGCUCUUGGGACGUCAGCUGGCCACAUCGAUCGCUUCGGUCGUGCUCUUCGAAGAUGAGAUCAAGAAAGGCGAAAGAGCCGCUCAGCUGGCCGCCCAAGACCGCAUCGAGCUCAAUAACCAGCUUGUUGCCCGCACUCAACAGGCCGCCGAGGCAGAGAACAGGUUCACGAAAAUGGCGGAACUCGCGCCUGUCGGUAUCUUCAUUGGUAAUGUUGACGGCCAGCUCAACUUUGUCAACGACGCGUGGUAUGACCUGGCGUCAUACCCUCGAGAUGUCCCGGUCAACAAUGAGUGGAUGAAUUAUGUGCUUGAGGAAGACCAGCAGAAGGUCCAGGAGACGUGGACUACCAUGUUGGACAAGAGAUGUGCAAUAUCGUUGGAGUUCCGGUUCAAGACCCCGUGGCGAGACAGAAUUGGUAACAAAGGACACACGUGGGUACUUACGAGUGCUUCACCAGAGCGUGACGAGGAUGGACGGAUACAACAGAUCUUCGGUUCAAUGACCAAUAUUAGUGCGCAGAAGUUCGCCGAAAACUUACAGACCCGCAGGAUGAGGGAGGCGGUGGAAAUGAAACGCCAGCAGGAGCGUUACAUUGAUACGACCUCACAUGAAAUGCGCAAUCCGUUGUCUGCCAUCCUCCAAUGUGCUGACUCGAUCACUGGAUCUCUGACCGAGAUGCGGGACGCAAAUGGUUUGACCAAGCCUCAAAUAGACAUCCUCGAGCUUACCAUCGACUCUGCGCAGACCAUCACGCUCUGUGCUCAGCACCAAAAGAGAAUCGUCGACGAUGUGUUGACCCUGUCAAAACUCGAUUCAGCCAUGAUGACGGUGACCCCGGUCGACACCCAGCCGAUCAACGUCGUCCACAGAGUUUUGAAGAUGUUCGACGCCGAGCUGAAGACGGCGGAUAUCAAGAUGGAACUCAGGGUCGAUCCGACUUUCACAGCUUUGCACAUCGACUGGGUCCGGUUGGAUCCCCAUCGCCUGUCGCAGGUCCUGAUCAACCUGAUGACCAAUGCGAUCAAAUUCACCACCACCCAAGAAAACCGCAUGGUACGCAUGCACGUCGGAGCCUCGGAGGAAAAGCCGUCCCAGGAGGACAAGUGGGGACUAACGUACAUCCCAUCUCGAUCUUCCAAAGUCAAAGAUGUCACGGCGGCGGCAGAAUGGGGUCUGGGCAGGACCUUGUACAUCCAUUUCGCCAUCCAAGACACUGGACGUGGCUUGGACGACUUAGAGAAGAAGCAACUAUUCCAGCGCUUUUCUCAAGCCAGUCCACGGACCCACGUCACGUAUGGCGGUUCAGGCCUCGGUCUCUUUAUUUCAAGAGAACUCGUUGAGAUGCAGGGAGGUGAGAUUGGUGUGGCCUCUGAGAGUGGGAAAGGAAGCGUAUUUGCAUUCUAUGUCAAAGCUCGCCGAACCCAGGGCACCAGCAGCAGCUUGGAGGACGGCCCUGGCUCUUCAUCACCCAGGAACAGAAAGAGCUCAAAAACAACACCAUUGACAGGUCUAAGCACGCAGCUUUUCUCUCCGUCAAAGAAUGACCCGUCGAUGUCGAGCCCCACCACAGUUCAAACCACGCUAUCCGAAUCUUUCCACGUCCUCAUCGUGGAAGACAACCUCAUCAACCAAAAGGUUCUAGCGGCUCAGCUGCGCAAAAUAGGCUGCUUCGUCCACGUUGCAAACCACGGCGGCGAAGCCAUUGACCAUAUCCGCGAGUCGAAAUUCUACCGCGACCACGUCACUGACGGUGUAGAUAUUGACGUCGUGCUGAUGGACCUUGAGAUGCCUGUAAUGGACGGCCAAACCUGUGCGCGCAAACUGCGUGAGAUGCAGACCACGGGCGAGUUGGUCGCGCACAUACCCGUCAUAGCCGUGACGGCGAACGCGCGGGCCGAGCAGAUCGAAAUGACGUUGAAGAGCGGGAUCGACGAUGUGGUGAGUAAGCCUUUUCGCUUGCCAGAGUUGGUACCGAAGAUGAAGGAUGUUAUGGCGAAAUUUAAGAAGCAGAGGGGGUGA